GGCCGGCGGGGGGUGGGGGGAAGAAGCGAGAGACUAGAGAGUGAGGAGGUGGAGAGAAAAAAGCCGAGGAGGACGAGAAACAAAAGCACAACCGUGGGUGCCUGCAACAACCAUGAGCAGCGGCGGCUUGCCCUAUUCACCAGAGCUGCUGCUCUACCCGUGAACUAUGUCGUGAGGUGUGGCUCGCAACGCUAAGCAGCAGGGAUUUAGUCAGUCGAAACGACAGUAGCAAGCCAAGGAGGGGUGCUGCUGGUGGAAAAGAUGUCGUCCGCCUCGGUGGGGCCCCAGGGCGGCCCUCGCCCACCCACCGCGCCGCCGACCGUCCCCGAACUGCCGGACCUCAGCCAUCUCACCGAGGAGGAGAGGAAAAUAAUCAUGGCCGUGAUGGAUCGGCAGAAGGAGGAAGAGGAGAAAGAGGAAGCCGUGUUAAAGACGCUGCACCAGCAGUUUGAGAGUUACAAGGAGCAGGUGCGUCGCAUCGGCGUGGAGACGCGGCGCCAGCAGCAGGGCCAGCACAAGGACGACGCCCCCACCUGCGGCAUCUGCCGCAAGACCAAGUUCGCCGACGGCUGCGGACACCACUGCUCCUACUGCCAGACCAGAUUCUGCGCCCGCUGCGGCGGACGCGUCUCCCUGCGCUCCAACAAUGAGGACAAAGUGUGUCUCAUAGUGAAGGACAGGGUAAUGUGGGUAUGCAACCUGUGCCGUAAGCAACAGGAGAUCCUCACUAAAUCGGGAGAAUGGUUUUCGGGGGCAAGGCAGAUGAGCCUGGAUGGCGGCCUGAACGCCCCGGCCACGGGGGGUGACACCCAACGGGGGGACAGGAAGCUACUCCGCUCCAGGUCCCAGGCCCCGCCCUCUUCCAGCGGUAACGCAGGGGCGGCGCCCGACGGAACGCAUCAGUCGCCAACGGUCCAGGCCAAGGGAGUGUUGGACACCAUGCCGGCCUCACGCGCUCGGAGCGAACCACCACGAGACAAGAAAAGACCUCUGUCCCUCCAUGAGCAGAACGGUAAGCCCGGUGGUCUGGGUCGUGGUAGAGGAGGCCGGGGACCCCCAGGGAAGCUUCAGACCGUGGCAUCCCAGGAGGAGUUCUGCGGUCCUGGGGACAUAGACUGGCGGGACGGCCGGCACCUGGAGAAGGUCCGCUCCCAUGACUACCCCGACGGCGGCGACCAAGGAAAUCGCCCCGACCUCCGGAGACGCCCUCCGGAGGAGGAUGAGCUGGAGCGCAAGCGGCGCCAGGAGGAGGAGUUCCAGGCGCGUUACCGCAGCGACCCCAACCUGGCGCGAUACCCGGUCAAGCCGCAGAAGGAGGAGCAGGAGAUGCGCAUGCACGCCAAGGUGUCGAAGGUGCGCCACGAGCGGCGCCACAGCAACAACGCCAUCAAUGAGGUGGGGCUGGAGGGUGGGGGAGGAGGGGGAGGGAACAUGGGGGAUGUGCCUGAGAAUCGUCUCCGGAGGGGCGGCGGUGGGGGUGGUGGAGAACCAGACCGCAAGGCAUCCGUGGAGAACCACCGCGCCUACUCCAUGGACAGGACCGUGGGGGGUGGUGGGGGUGGCGGAAUGGGGCAGGGACCCCAGGGAGGCUCCCCCCUCCUCAAACAGAACCAGAACCACGGACCCCUUCAACCAUCUGGUGGUGGCUCACGAACGGUUCCCCAUCCUGGUGCUCCUCACCCCCACCAAGGACCCCCCCCUCCAUUAGGCUGGGACCCCCCUAAGGGACCCCACCCCAGCCAGCUGGACCCCAACUCCCAGGCAGCCAUGAUGCAUAAGGCUAGGAGGGAGAAGCCCGGGGACAGCCUGCUGCGGAAAGACUCCCAGAGCUCGGACCAGUCGGAGUCGCUGCGGCCGCCCCCACCCAGGCCCUACAAGAGCAAACGGGGCGUCAACAAGAGGCAGAUGUCUAUCAGCAGCUCAGAGGAGGAGGGCGCCUCCACGCCCGAGUACACCAGCUGUGAGGACGUGGACAUGGAGAGCGUCAGUGAGAAAGGUGAUUGGGACUGCCAUCCUCUGGAUCCUGCUAUGUGGCAUCAUCCAGUGACAUGGCAGCCGUCCAAGGAGGGCGACCACUUAAUCGGACGCAUCACUCUGAGCAAAAGGUCGGCCGUGCCCCGCGAGGCAGGCUCCUUACUAGGGUUAAAGGUUGUGGGUGGGAAGAUGACAGAGACAGGGAGACUGGGGGCCUUCAUCACCAAAGUCAAGAAAGGAAGUCUGGCGGACAUUGUCGGCCACCUACGAGCUGGUGAUGAGGUACUGCAGUGGAACGGGAAGUCGUUGCCGGGAGCAACCAAGAAGGAAGUGUACAACAUCAUUCUGGAAUCCAAGGCGGAGCCUCAAGUGGAAAUAGUUGUCUCAAGGCCUAUUGGAUCUAUCCACCGCAUCAUUUCCAAUAACUUCUUGAGAAAGGUGUAUAGAGCGUAUCAAGACAUACCAAGAAUUCCAGAAACAUCCCAUCCUCCUUUAGAAUCGACAGGCUCCAGUUCCUUUGAGUCUCAGAAGAUGGAGCGUCCCUCCAUAUCGGUCAUGUCCCCCACCAGCCCUGCUACCCUCAGAGCCCUCCCCGUCAUCCUGCCUGGACAGCUCUCUGUAAAGCUGUGGUAUGACAAAGUGGGCCAUCAACUGAUCGUCAACGUCCUUCAAGCCAUAGACCUGCCCCCCCGACCGGACGGGCGACCCAGGAACCCCUACGUCAAGAUGUACUUCCUCCCUGACCGAAGUGAUAAGAGCAAGCGCAGGACCAAGACGGUAAAGAAGAGCGCUGGGCCCAAGUGGAACCAGACGUUCCUGUACUCCCACGUCCACCGCAGGGACUUCAGAGAACGCAUGCUGGAGAUCACUGUCUGGGACCAGCCUAGAAUACAGGAGGAGGAGAGUGACUUCCUGGGAGAGAUCCUGAUAGAGCUGGAGACUGCCCUGCUGGACGACGUCCCUCACUGGUAUAAACUCCAGACCCACGACGUGUCCUCUCUACCUCUGCCCCAGCCAUCCCCUUACCUCCCGCGCAGACACGCCUCUCACGACAGCCCCAGCAAGAAACUACAGAGGUCCCAUCGCAUCAUUGACACAGAGUUUGAUGAUACAGGUAUAGCGGUAGUAUCUGAAGGUGCAGAGCGUAACUCGAGGGAGAGGGAGAGGAACAGCACCCUGACUGUCCCAGAGCAGCAGAGACUGGCCCAGCACCGCUCCAGAUCUGUGUCCCCUCACCGCGAGGACAUAACAAGGGCCCGCUCCCGCCCUGCACACGUCCCCAUGCAGAGGAGUCUGGAUGAGAUCCAUCAGAACCGCCACCACUCCUGCUCCCCCUCUCGUUACCAUGACUCCCACGGGGAGCACCGCUCCGGGGACUCGGACUACGAGUACUCCGAGGACAGUGAGGUCCUCGAGAUGCACAGGUCAAUCCGAGGCGGGAGUGCCGAGUGCCUGCACACAAACAGUGAUCUGCAGCCCAGUCUGGACCGGGUGAGGAGUGCCAGCACCACCUGCCUCAGACCUGACACCAACCUCCACUCUCCUGAUAAAGACAGAUGCUCCAACUCUCUGCCCCGCAGACAGUCCACAGGCCCCAGGAUUUUAGUAGAGCAGGCCUCCCCAGAGGAAGAAAGGCAGUCAGGGAGCCUGGGCAGACCUGACAGUCAGAGAGGUAACAGCAAGAAAGGCCUGGAGGCUGACAGAACACACACCCACAGCCCCUCCCCUCCUACGGGGACACCCCAGUCAGGUCGCAGGGGCAGACAGCUGCCACAGGUUCCUGCCAGAAGCAGCAGUGUAGAGCAAGCUCUAGCAGUAGAGGAGCGAGCCAGACAGAUGAACAUGAAAGUACAUUCCUACCGGCCUUCAGGCUCCAAUGACCCCGAGACGAACCUCAAGACCAAACGAGAGAUGUAUGCGGAUCAGCGGCGGAGCUCUGACAACGUGUCGGCCCGCUCGUCAGACAGCGACAUGAGUGACGCGUCGGCCCUAUCCCGCGCCAGCAGUGCCUCACGCCUCAGCAGCACCUCCUACAUGUCCAUCCAAUCAGAACGCCCGCGCGGGCGGCUCAGGUCCAAGUCUUUAGAGGACGAGAAGAAGGAGAGGAGGAUCUCGUGGGGGAUGAAUGGAGAGCAGGAGAGGAUGAGGGCAGCAGGGAAGAGACGGUUCUCUCAAGAGCUGAAGAGGAGGAGACACACUGUGUCUGGGGACCCCAAAGACGCCAGUCGGCAGGUUCGUGCGGCGCCGGGCCGGACCAUGCUGAAGAGCACAAGCGUGAGCGGUGAGAUCUACGCGUCAGAGCGCACUGACGGCAGCCAAUCGGAUACGGCGCUGGGCACGGUGGGCAUGGGUGGCAAGAAGAGACGCUCCAGCCUCAGUGCCAGGGUGGUUUCCAUCGUCUCCAACAGACGUAGUCGCAGCACGUCGCAGAUCGUCGGCCCGGAGGGGAAGGGGAAGAAGGAGAAGGGUGCGUCCAUCCAGAGGAGCACAGAGACGGGCAUGGCUGUAGAGAUGACCAGGAACAUGAGUCGACAGUCCAGUAAAGAGUCCACCAACGGCACCAUGAACAGCUGCAACUCCGAGGGAAAUCUGCUUUUCGGUGGGGUGCGUCUGGGACAGCCAGGCAACCAGUUCAGCGACUUCCUGGAUGGUCUGGGUCCCGCCCAGCUGGUGGGCAGACAAACGCUGGCCACACCUGCCAUAGGUGAUAUUCAGAUCGGAAUGAUGGACAAGAAGGGUCAGCUGGAGGUGGAGGUGAUCAGAGCUCGGGGCCUUGUACAAAAGCCUGGAUCCAAAUCCCUCCCUGCUCCAUACGUCAAGGUCUAUCUGUUGAAUAAUGGAGCGUAUGUAGCCAAAAAGAAAACCAAGAUUGCACGGAAAACGCUGGACCCGCUGUACCAGCAAGCGCUGCAAUUUGAGGAGAGCCCACAGGGUAAAGUCUUACAGGUGAUUGUCUGGGGAGACUACGGACGAAUGGACCACAAAAGCUUCAUGGGAGUUGCACAAAUCCUAUUGGAGGAACUAGACUUAACAAGCACAGUGAUUGGCUGGUACAAGUUGUUCCCACCCUCCUCCUUAGUGGACCCCACACUAGCCUCCCUGACUCGACGUGCUUCCCAGUCGUCAUUGGACAGCUCCUCGGGCCCACCGGGCACCCGAUCCUAGUGGACCAAUAGGACUACAGCUACCAAUCUUAAUGGACCAAUGGGACUAUGGCUAGCCUACCGCUUUGUGAAACGAAUUAACGUCACCUUAGAGAUUAGCGGACAAAAAUUAUUCUAGAACAACAACAAUCAAGAAACAGAGUCACAAUGAUUAACAAAAAAGCUUUGUUGAGAUCUGACAAUCACUCCUGGCAUCGUUUAAUCUCUUUGUUUGUUUUAGAGAGCGUUAGAUUUCAGUGUUUCAUUCCAGUAACGAGUUCGCCAUUGUUUUUUCGCGGUUGUAAUCUAAGAACUAGGGCUGUCGGUAAUAAACAAUGUUCGGAAGCUAGGUAAGGCUGUACUUGAGUCGAGCGGUAAGGAGACACUCGAUUCAUUGAAGAAACUAAGUAGAAAUGUAAAUGUGAAAGGAAGCAGGGUGGUAGUUUUUAGUCAAACCAUCAAUAAACAAAGAAAUGUAUGUUAGCGUCGGAAUGUAUGGACCCAAGACAGAGGUGUCAUCCUCCUUGUCUCUCAGGGGGUGCCAUAAUGUCCUCUCCGCAGUGGCCCCCAUCCGGCCCCCAAACAGACUGCCAGCACUUCGGCCCCUAGGGCAGAGUGCUUCUGAGUGGGGUUGGUCCGGGCAAACAGGGGUCUCCUUCUGGUGCCUAGACUUUGUGGUUUCACAUUACUGGUCCUUCUUUGUCAAAAUAUCAUUUUUUUGUUUUCAAUAUGUUUACCAUGGCUGGUCCAAGCCGCUCUCUCGUUUUUGUCUUUGGUACGUUUGACUCUUUUUUUUCUCAGUUUGUUACUUAUGGCACAAAAAUGUUUUUAUGAUGAGUAUGAGGUUUACGAUGCGUUGUCUGAUGUAUGCAUGGAAAAGAAUAAAAAGACACAAGGAAAAAAUACGAAAUAGAGAACAUUAAAAAAAAAAGUGUCUGCAAUGAGAUGCAGGGGACUGUUCAGUGACACAUCUUAAAUGACGAUUUUUACACUUGACGAUGAGAUUAGUGUGGGAUUACAAUGUUGUUACUUCGUUCAGUCACCUACAAAAAGUCCAACCCAGUUGUCUUUGUAUAGAUGUAUAUUAGACCUCCAAGGAGGUUGACCAAUAAAUAUAAUUAUACAUUUCAUUUUGAACUAUCACCAGGGUGUCAACAAGUGACUGUAAAAAAAGACGUAUCUUUGUCCACAAUCACGAGAACUUUCAUUUAGCUGUUUUCCUGGAGCAUCCUUCCCCUCACCCCAGCACAUGUUUAGGGGUUUUAUCCAAAACUUGAGUUUACAUUAUUUUGAGAUUCAAAAACGCAAGCAAAAUAAGCCUGAUUUUUUUUUUUUAUGGCCAAAACUUUAACUUUUUGAGAAAAAAAAUAUAAAAAAUACUGCUUGCAAAUGUAAUUAUUUGGUUCAUUUCAUUUCUUCUUUGUCUCGAUUUUUUGGAAAAACUAAAAACAUCAGUUGCUCAAAUUUCCCUUCUGCAUCUUUGUGAAUGUGAAAAGUAACCAAUCAGAUUGAGCUUUCCGGACAGGAGCACCAAUGCUCAUCCUUCGUCAGGCCCGCUGACCCCUGCCACACCAAAAGGGGGCGUGGCCAGCAUGACUCGGACCUGUUCCAAGCUGCAUGCACAUUUUGUAAAACAAAAACGAUACUGGAAAAAAAAGAUUGAAUUGAACUAGAUAUGUGUGUUCGUUCCACAUACCCGUAGGCCCGCUUGUAUGUUGCAUGCACUUGUACAGUUUGCUCGUACUUAAAUAUAAAGAGAAACCGAAGCCAUUCACAUCACGCGAAGACAUUCAAAAUUAUCAGCUGCAGUCAAGUCUAGUCCACAUCCUUCAUUCCGGUGCUGAAUGUUUUUCGAAACCAACUGAUUACCGAGAUUAUGUUGAUGCCUUUUUUUAAAGCUAUUGAACCCGUGCUGUACUGUCGUACUAAGCAAUCCUCACCGCCCAUUCUUUCAAAUCUACAGUUACUGUACACAUAGUUUACCUCUAUGGGGCUGAGACUACAUGUUUGAAUAUGUAUAAAUCAGAUCAAUUUAUAUACAAAGUAUAGUUAUGUUGAACAUAAUGAUGUAAUAAGAUAUAUGGAUACACAUGUUACACAAAUUAUUUAGAGUAUAAUGUACCAAAAGUAAUUUAGGUAUGUUGUAAAUAUAUUUUCAACGAACCAAACGGUUUAGUGAUAUUUACGAAAGGGGCCAAGUCAGAUUACGGGGACAUUGUCAAGUUCCUUAAGACUACGAUUGGAUUUAGAAAGUCACAAAGGGACACUACUUUACUUCAAGGCUUCAGGGGAUAGUCCCAAAUUGCCACACUUGAGUGUACUAGGGUAUCAGGCCAUAUUAUCUGCAAAAGCUGUCGUCACUACACCUCUCUCUCUCUCCAUGCUUUGAAACCUACAACCUACGACCCCAGCCAUGUAAAACCCCAUUUAUAAAAACGUCAAUUUUUUUGUUUCAUGUUUAGUGAGUUAUUUUUUUAUUUUGUCAGUAUUAUUAGGAGAAAAAAAAAAUGCUGAUUGUUUACAAUUUAUGUGUUCAAACUGAAACAACAACUACAAAAGAAACCGAUCAGAUAAAAAAAGAAAGUAUUCACUGCAGCGUUUCUUGUUUGGUAUAACAGGUGUGGCUCAAAUGAUGAGUAUGUUUUAUAUAAAAAAAUAUAUAUAAAAAGAGUUCAUUUUUAUUAUUUCCAAAUAAAAAAGAAUGUGUGGAAGAA